ACGACGACCACAUGGUCUUUCUUUUUACUGAUCAAGCGUGUGUGUGGUGGACGUGUAUUUUUCAGAGCAUUUCAAACUUGACAUCAUGCCUCCAAAAGAAACCAAGGGAAAGAAAGGAAAGAAGGGAGGACAAAAAGCUGCAGCAUCACCUCAGAAAAGGAAAGCUGUAGAAGUUGAAGAAGACGAUGAUGAUGAAAGCGAUGACGAAAGUGAUGAUGAACCAGUAACAAAAGUUGCACCACAGAAAAAUAAGAAGGCCAAGGCUGCUCCACCACCUGCUGAAGAGAGUGAUGAUGACGAUGAUGAUGAUUCAGAUGAAGAACCACCAAAGAAGGCUGCUCCUAAGGCUCAAGCCAAACAAGCAAAGAAAGGAAAAGCUGCCCCAGCCAAGGAUAGUGAUGACGACGAUGAUUCCGAUGACAAGGAAGAUGAUGAAGAUGAAAGUGAUUCUGAUGAGGAAGAAGCUCCCCCCAAAAAAGGAAAACAAACUAAAAUGGAAGUAGAUGAAGAUGAUGAUGAUGAAUCAAAUGAUGAUGAAGAUGAAAGUGAGGAUGAUUCUGAUGCAGAAGAAACACCUGUGACAAACGGAAAGAGGAAGAAGGAAGCACAAAACAAAAAGGAGUCGAAGAAACAAAAGACUGAUGAUAGUGACACAAUUACCAUGUUUGUUGGAAACCUUCCAAAAGAAAUGGAUGCUGAUAAAGUUGAAAAGAUCUUCACCAAGAAAGGGAUAGAAGUAAAAGAAGUUCGUAGACCCGAGAAAAAGAAGUUUGCAUACAUUGAUUUAGAAAAUAAUGACGAUCUAGAAAAGGCAUUGAAACUUCAUGGAAAGAAAAUCGGAGAUAGUGAACUUGUUGUAGAAAAAGCUAAAUCCAAAAUUGAAAAGGAGAAGGAUAAUGCAAGCACACCAGCCAAACAAAGUACUGGUGGAGGAAAAGAUGACUCAACAUUGUUUGUGAAGAAUCUAGCUGAUGACACAACUGAAGAUAGUCUGAAAGAAUUUUUCCCUGAAUCUGUUGAAAUUAGGUUGCCAAGAAAACCAGAUGAUAGUCAUAGAGGGUUUGCCUAUAUAGUUUUCAAGGAUCCAUCUGAAGUAGAGUCUGCACUCAAGGAUAAGCAGGGAUCAGAGUUGGAUGGUAAUGCACUAUACUUGGAUCAUUCUGGAAGCAAGAAGACCUUCCAAAGUCCUGCUGGAGGAAACUUUGGUGGCAGUUCAGGAGAAGCUGGAAAGUCUAAAGUUCUCUUUGUUAAGAAUCUAUCCUUCGAUACUGAUGAACAUGGAUUAAAAAAUGCUUUCUCAGGCGCCACUGCUGCAAGAAUAGCAAAAUUUCCAGACACUCAGAAACCAAAAGGGUUUGGAUUUGUAGAUUUUGAUUCUGCAGAGGAUGCCCAAUCAGCAUUCAAUGCCAUGAAAGGAAAGGAAAUCGAUGGUAGACAGAUAUUUGUAGACUUUGCUGGUGAGAGAGGAGCUGGCGGAGAUAGACGAGGUGGUGGACGUGGAGGCGGAUUUAGAGGUGGACGUGGUGGUGGAUUUAGAGGAGGUAGAGGUGGUGGUGGACGAGGAGGCAGGGGUGGAUUUGGAGACCGAGGACGUGGUGGACGAGGAGGUGGAGGAGGAUUCAGAGGUAGCAGGGGUGGCGUCGGAAGUUAUGCCGGAAAAAAGAAGACCUUUGAUGACUAAAUAAACAAUUGUGUACAUGUAACUUGCAAUUGAAUGAAUGAAAGAAUGAUUGUUGAAGGGUUCGCUUGCCACUUUGAAGAUUUCAAUUUUACAAGAAGUUCCGAAGCACAGUAUGAAAAAAGACUGGCAGAAGAAACAAUGUUGAAAUGUACAAGUACUGUUUGUGGAAGUGAUCAAUUAAUAAAACUAAGACUAACCAGCUGAAAAACAAUGUUCAGUCUUUAUGAAUCUUGUGUAUAUCAUCACUUUUAGACUGAUAAACUUGAACACCAGAUUGUAUACUUGAUUUUUAUUUGUUUUCAAACUAAACAUCAACAAUUUUAUAUAUGAUGAACUUUUUGGUACAGAAGUGUAUUAAACCUAUAUAGAGUUUAUUGAUUGGAUGUGGGAAAGCAUGAACAAAGUUUUAAUAAUCUGAUUCUGAUUUCUAACUUGUGAACAUCAGUCCUUCCAAUAUAAAAGAUACAAAGUAAAUUUCUUUUUCAACAAAAUUGAAAUGAAUUUUUGAUUACUGAAUUAGAUAUGUCGAAAAUUAUGAUUCCAAAUUUCAUAGAAAAAUAUGGAAGAAAUUUUUCUAGCUAUGCUGAAUUUCUAAUCAUAUAUUCAAUAGCCUAAAAAACUAAUAAUCCAGAAACUUGUUUCUAAUUUAAUAUUUUGAUAUUAAAUAGCUCUAGUUACUUCAUCCCAUAAAUUCACCAACCGUACAAGGGCUCUAUAGCCAGUUAAGGUCGUUAAAACUUCCAUUUGUCCAUAAAUUCACAGAAUUUAUUUGAUCCUUUUCUAUCAUUGGUAAACACUAUGUUCAUUUUGCAUUUAUACAGCAUCCAUCUUUUUCUAAUGUGUUCUGUUGUGACAUUUUGAAACCAUAAUUUUUAUUUAUACACUUAAGAUUUGUUAAUGUAUUUACAUGAAUUGUUAUAUGAAGUCAUUUUAUGUCCACUGCAGCUCUUUUCACAAAAUCUUUUACAAUUGUAUCUGAAAUGAUCAUGAUACGAGAUGAUUUAAUAGUAACAUUUUUUGUGGAAAAGUUGCUGUAUUUUAUCAUUAUCGCCAUUGUUAUGUUAUUUUAUGCUCAUGAUCAUGUCGACACGCUGAAUAAUAAAUAAUUAAAUUGA